GCUGUCCAUGGACUCGAGUGAAGGAGACCCGGAGCCCUUUGAGACUCCCAACUCCUCCCCCCCAUCACCAUUCAGGACCCCCCAUCACCGCUGCCAGAACUCGGACACACACGGCCUGUCUGACACGGGUGGAAAAGCGCAGAUCAUCAGCCCUGAGGAGGUGGAUGAUGAUGAUGUUGAUGGCUACCGCUUUAACGAGAUGGACGGUCCUUUCCAGGACAUCGAGUUGUUAAAGUCCCGACCAGCACACAUGACGGUCUUCAUGAGAUACGUCUUCACCCAGCUGCUGGACCCCAACCCUCUGGUCAGCUAAGAUUUAGGCCGUUUCUCAAUAUGUGUACUUGUGCGUUCUCGUGCACUCGUGAAACGUCCUCAGCCUC